CUUAUAUGUAAAAUAAAAGACAUGAGAGGAGUAAACGUCACUGCAGUAAAAAUUGCAAUUUUUAAAGAAUUUAGUCUACAAUCAAUAAGUAGUAAUUAUAGACAAAAAGCUAUUAAGAUAUAG